CGGACCCGCGGCCUGGGGCACUGCGCUCCGGGCCCAACGCACUACCCGCAGGCCCUGGGGAGGAGGCCGGGGAUCCGAGCCGGGCUGAGGCUCAGGCAAGCGGAGCUCUGGGCCCGCGGGGCCUAGGACGCCCGCCCACCAGGCCCCCACUCUGGGGCGGGCCCCCCACUUGAGGCAGGGUUCCCCACUCGGUGUCGGGCCGCGCCGGGCGGAACGGCCGCCCCGCGCCAAGUUCCCGCAGCGCUGCGCGGCUCCCUGUCUCCGCCCCAGCCGCUGUCCCCUCGGUCCUGCGCCCCCCGCCUGGCUCCUUUCUCUGCCCAGCGCUCGGCUGGGCUUCCCUCCCCCAGCUCCCCCCAGCGGCCUGGUGGCACCUGGGAGGUGUCCGGCGACGAUUCCGCAGAAGCCGCGCGCCCGCUACGUGCCGAGCUGGCGUGUGUCGAGCCAGGUGCAGCACCCGGCCCCCAUUAUUUUGUUCUCUCUGCAGACCUAGGGGGUGGAUACUGCUGUUAUCUCUGCCACACAAAAGAAAAGCCCUGGGGCCAGAGAAGUUAACUUGCCCGGACGGACAGUUUAGCUCAAAAGUGUGGAAGACAUGGUGGCUAGGGACCGGUGUUGCUGGGCAAGCGGACUGGCUUCGCUGGUAGCAGCCCUGCAGAACCGAAAAGGGGAGGGAGCCAGCUGGCCAGGUGGCAGCGAGCUGUGGCAGUGCAGCCCCUGCUCACUCUUCCUGGCCAGGUAUUCUGUUCUGUGAUUUGAGCUGGGUUUCUGUGGGAGGCUAGGGUUUCAGUAGGCCGAGCUUCCUAGAUGGUAAAGCUCUCCAAGGAGGGAGAAGCGCUUGGACAGAGGCACACAGAGAUGGAAAGACACACAGAGCCCGUAAUGCUGGAAGAGACAGUUGGAAGAGCUUGAGAGGCCUGGACUUCCUCUUGUGGGUGGGGUGUUAUUGAGGGAUUUGCCAUCCUUUUAGAGGAGCUGCGCCUCUGGCAGAGUGUUCUAAUGCACCAGGCACUCCACCCUCCAGUUAGUGAAAGGCUGGACUUGAGCAGAGGACCAUCCCUGCCUCCUGAAGGACAGUCUGGAGGCCUUGGGUAGAGCUUGGGGGCUCUGUGAAAUGCUAAAGGAAACCCUGUUGUUCAAGUACUAAAGAGGGAUAAACUCUUAAUAAAGUAGGAGCCUAUGUCUGUCCCAGGCUAAAGAAACACAGAUUGGAUUACAGCAGCACAUGUGGUGUGAUAGGAUUUUAAGGGGAGAGGAAUCAGGUAGUAAAGUACAAGGACCCUUUUGAAAUAAACUCAGAAUCUGGGGUGUAACUGGCAGGGCUUAUCUUAGGGGGAGACCAGCAUAGAGAGGGCCACCAAGCCAUCCCACCAAGCACCAGUGGUCCCAGACCUACUCCUACCACUGUUGAUCUCAUUUCCCCCAUCACUCAGAGAUCCAGCCAGAGGCCUACCUUGGUCAAGCAGGCAGAGAACCUCUUCAGUACUCUCCAGAGCUUUCUUCUGCCUCCUUUUGUCCCUGUUUUUUGAGGCGUCAGUCGCUGUCUGAUUCUCAUUUCUGAUUCUGACUCCAAAUGAGCCUGUGCCAGUUCCUAGAAGUUACUUUGUUUUGCAAGGUACAGCCAAGCUUUUGCUUAGAAAUGUUUUCCUGAAACUAUACAAACCUUCCAUGUUCAGCUGCUGACUGGUGGAGGACAGCACCUCCUUUGUGUCCCCUGGGUCCACCCCGGAUAUGAGUGGGACAAGUAGUCCAGUUCCCCACCCAAAACAUGCUUUCGUCACAAUUCCCAGCUGCAGGCACUCAAGCCUCUUGUGGCCAUUUCUGGUGACAGGGAAGCUCUGAGGUUUUUUUUUAUUGUUGCCACGUGUAUUAAAAGAUGACUUCACACAUGUGUCUGGCUUCCUUGCUAGACUGCAGGCUUAUCGCUGAUCUUGGGGCAGUCACAAAUGUCUAAGGUUCAUUGUUUUUAACCUUUAAAGAGUGGGAACCAGGAGAAAAAAAAAAAUAGAAUCUCAGGGGGCUCAGGUAAUGUCCAAAAGUCCAGCUCUUGGCUUAGUGAAGAUUUGCUACAUGGUCAUUUUAGCUUGUAGGAGAAAGGCAGUUGUGAAGGAACAGAAUCAGAUUAUCCUGGAACUGGCCAUCCAGUAUUUUGUUAAAAGGAGACAUGAUAUGCUUUUUAAAAAAGAAAUUGAGCAAUACUCUUGUUUGUGUGGUUUCAGUGGAGCAACUAGGGGUUUCUGCUGGGUCAUCAUCAGUAGACAGUUCCUGUGCGAUUGUGGCGGGAGGGAGUCCAGGCCAGGCUCUGUAAAUCUGCAGUUUACUGCGUCUCUGCUGAAACACCCCAGCAAUGCUCAGUCACUGUUUAUUUUGCAAAAUCACACAGCGCGCCUGCCAUGUGUCAAGCGUGUGCUGUGAGAAGAUGCAAGGCCGCCUUCAGGUCGCUCACAGUGUCAAGGCUCACCGGAAAUGACCGUAUAGGGUGAUCUCCCCAUGGACGAUGGCAGCUACGAUUCAGGCCAUGGAGAGGAAGAUUGAAUCGCAGGCUGCUCGCUUGCUUUCCCUGGAAGGUCGGACUGGUAUGGCUGAGAAGAAGCUGGCAGACUGCGAGAAGACAGCUAUGGAGUUUGGCAACCAGCUGGAGGGCAAGUGGGCCGUGCUGGGGACCCUGCUGCAGGAGUACGGGCUGCUGCAGCGGAGGCUGGAGAACGUGGAGAACCUGCUGCGCAACCGGAACUUCUGGAUCCUGCGGCUGCCCCCUGGGAGCAAGGGAGAGGUCCCCAAGGUGCCCGUGACCUUUGAUGAUGUGGCCGUGUAUUUUUCCGAGCAGGAGUGGGGCAGGCUGGAGGACUGGCAGAAGGAGCUGUACAAGCACGUGAUGCGGGGCAACUACGAGACCCUGGUCUCCCUGGACUACGCCAUCUCCAAGCCUGAAGUCCUCUCUCAGAUCGAACAAGGGGAGGAACCUUGUACCUGGCGUCGCGCUGCUCCCAAGAUCCCGGAUGUUCCUGUGGACCCAAGUCCAGGGUCAGGGCCCACAGUUCCUGCCCCCGACCUCCUGAUGCAGAUCAAGCAGGAGGGUGAGCUGCAGUUGCAGGAGCAGCAGGCAUUGGGCGUUGAGGCCUGGGCCGCUGGGCAACCGGACGUGGGAGAGGAACCCUGGGGCCUCAGCCAGCUGGACUCAGGGGCAGGAGACAUCUCCACAGAUGCCACCUCUGGUGAGUGGCUUCGAGGCGUCCAUUCCAACUUUUCAACCACCAUACCACCCACUUCCUGGCAGGCAGAGCUUCCGCCCCACCAUCCGUCCUCAGCGUGCUCAGACGGGACACUGAAGCUCAACACAGCAGCCUCCACCGAAGCAGAUGUAAAAAUCGUGAUCAAAACAGAAGUCCAAGAAGAGGAGGUGGUGGCCACGCCAGUGCAUCCCACAGACCUGGAGGCUCAUGGGACCCUCUUUGCACCAGGCCAGGCUGCAAGAUUUUUCCCCAGCCCUGUGCAGGAGGGGGCCUGGGAGAGCCAGGGUAGCUCCUUCCCCAGUCAGGACUCCGUGCUGGGGCUACGUGAGCCAGCCCGGCCAGAGAGGGACCUGGGCGACCUCAGCCCUGCUGUGGCCCAGGAAGAGACACCCCCUGCUGGGGACUGGCUCUUUAGUGGGGUCCGGUGGGGCUGGAACUUCCGCUGUAAGCCUCCAGUGGGUCUGAACCCAAGGACCGGACCCGAGGGGCUGCCUUUCUCCUCACCAGACAGUGGGGAGGGCAUCCUGGACCCCAGCCAGGCCCCAAGACCCUUUCCUGAGCCCUGCAAAUACCCAGGUCGGACCAAAGGCUUUGCCCACAAGCCAGGGCUGAAGAAGCAUCCAGCGGCACCCGCUGGGGGCCGACCCUUCUCCUGCGCCACGUGUGGGAAGAGCUUCCAACUGCAGGUGAGCCUGAGCGCUCACCAGCGCACCUGCGGACCCACCGACAGCACAGGCACCAGUGCGGCCCCCACAAUAGCCACGGCCACGGGUGGUGGUGGUGGUGGCGGUGGUGGUGGUGGUGGCAGUGGUGGUGGAGGUGGAGGUGGAGGUAGCGGCAGUGCACGGGACAGCAGCGCCCUGCGGUGUGGAGAGUGCGGCCGCUGCUUCACCAGGCCCGCGCACCUCAUCCGCCACCGCAUGCUCCACACGGGCGAGCGGCCCUUCCCCUGCACGGAAUGUGAGAAGCGCUUCACCGAGCGCUCCAAGCUCAUCGACCACUACCGCACGCACACGGGUGUGCGUCCCUUCACCUGCACUGUGUGUGGCAAGAGCUUCAUCCGUAAGGACCACCUACGCAAGCACCAGCGCAACCACACGGCAGGGGCCAAGACGCCGGCCCGAGGGCAGCCACUGCCACCGGUGCCUGCUGCACCGCCUGACCCCUUCAAGAGUCCCGCCGCCAAGGGACCCAUGGCCCCCACAGACCUCGUGACCGACUGGACUUGUAGCCUAAGUGUCCUGGGACCCACUGAUGGGGGGGACCUGUGAUCCCACCCCAGGCCCCCGCUGGCUGCCAUGUACAGAGCCCCACACAGACAGCCCGGUGGCUUCCAAGGUGUAGAGACAAAAAGGGAGAGAACCAAAUUUCCAUGUCACUGAACUGAUCACUGGAAAAAGAGAACUCAGACAGUACCUUCCAUCUCCAAAGGAGGAUUCUCUGUAAACUGAACACUAUGGUGGAAUGUUAAGUAAUUUAAUUGUAUACUUGGGUUUUUUUUUUUUUUUUUUUUUCUUUUAAUCCUUGAGGAAAAGGCUAGAAAAGAGUAGCAGCAGCAGUUGAAAUUCUGUAGUGCGCUUUUGGUUUUCUGGGGUAUGUUCUCCCUGUGUUGGAGUCCUGUGGUAAGUGUGGGAAGGUUGGCUAACAGGGGACAGAAGGUAAGAAGGGCCCUGCCCACCCCUGUGGCACUAACUCCAGAAGACGCUGCCUGGAACACAGCCCCAUGAGAGCUGAGCCAUCACCUUGUUCCCCCGCUGUCCAGUCCUGGGGCAACAGGUCCCAAAACCCCCACUUUCCCUCUGUAAGACCCACUAGGAGCAGCCACUGAAGGGUCAGCUGGCAUCCCCCAGAGCUCUGGCCUGACUGUUCCCUAUGUGGGGCCAUGUGCAGCACCUGUGCAGAUGGAGGGACCUGUGGGUGUCUCUGUCAUAGACUUCUGGCCUCAUCUCCUGGAGUCCUGUGGCAUUAUAGCAUUAGGUCUGGGAGGUAAAGAAGCUAAGACUGUCCAGGUUCCACAGAGCGGGACAGCGUCCACCGGCCCAUGCCCCAGUGCCUCUGUGUGCUGCCCUGUAUGUCAUGUUCUCAUACUUGCAAUGUGUCCUGUCCGCGUCAAGUCUCAUUUCACCAGUACUGUGCCGGGAACAGCAGCAGGAUAGGUCAGUCUCUCCUCAGCGACAGAGAAGUAAGGGCUCCAAGUGGACACAGCCCCUCGCCACCAGUGCACAGUGUGUGCCUGGAGCCGGGCGAGCCGCUUAGGAACUGGGCUUCUCCUGUAACAUCAGCUUAGGGAAGAAAAGCUUUCAGGUUUUGCCUUCUGAAAGCAUUUAUCCUGCAUGCACUGAGUGAUAGGCCCCAGAGGAACUUGCAGGUGCACAGCCCAAGGGCUAAGGACAGCCUCCUGGUGUGUGUGCUGUCUGGAGGCUGGCGAUAGGUAAGUAGCUCGCUUGGACCUGCACCAAGUAUCUCUGCAAGGUGGGAUCAGAAAGGGGCCCAGGUUUGUUGUCCACCCCAGUGCUGUCCUCACUACACACACAUCCAUUCCAAUUUUGUUGAAGUAGCCACCGGUCCUCCUGUCCCCUCCAGAGAGAGAUCCUUGUGCCCAUUCAUCCAGCUCCCUCCUGCGUGCUUUUAUUAGGAAUAGACUAGUUAAGAAAACUGUUUCUAUGUACUGUAUAUUUUGUACCUGUUUACACUUCUAAUAUUGAUAUAAUUGAUAUUUUGAAAACAAAUGAACAGAAAACAUCCUGUUAAAAUAAAACCUAACCAGCACCCAA